GCAACCACAGGAGGAGGAGCUACUGCAGUCUGAUGAAGAUGAAGGUCAGCUCCCAGUCAGACCUGCUCAGGAACCAGAAGAGGAGCAAACGGUUCUGCCUUUCUGUUUGUAUCCUGUUGGUUUGUAUUAAGAAGGACGUAGUAGAUUUUUAUAAUUUUUGGACAGUUUUUCUGGAGAUUCUCUGGACGCCUCGCGGAGUUCGGGGUAAUUAAAAGUCAGAAGAGCGCAAGCCGGCGUUCUGACCCGCCAGAGGUCCCGGUCUGCUGCUCCUGCUGUGGAGCGGAGCUGGGGGAAUGCCAGGACAUUCCGAGUGUCACUCUGUACAGCCGGCCCACUUCUCUCUUUUUUAGCUGUUUCCUUUAAAGAAAAAAAAAAACUUCCUCCUGCUCUUCUCUGACUCAAUUUCUCCCUUUAGUUCGUCCUCAGUGGACAGAGGAGUUUGUGUCCCUGUAAGACUGAGUGUAGUUGAUAGAUGUUUUAAAAUGGACUCUUUGGAAAAGCUGGAGGAAGCUGAGCACAAUGGGGAAAUGCACCCCAUGUGGCUGGGGCCCCUGGAGGUGCCAGGAGGGGAUCAUCAGUCUCCUAUCGACAUUGCCGUGAAAAAAGCCGUGUUCGACUCGGAUCUGAAGCCGCUGGAGUCCAGCUACGACCCGCAGACCUGCCAGCAGAUCUGGAACAACGGUUACUCCUUUCUGGUCGAGUAUGACGACACUACUGACAAGAACACACUAAAGGGAGGCCCCCUACAGGACAAAUACAGGCUUUGUCAGUUCCACUUCCACUGGGGUGAGAGCAACGACUGGGGCUCAGAGCACACUGUGGACCGAAGGCUGUUUCCUGCAGAGCUCCACUUGGUCCACUGGAACUCUGACAGGUACACUCUGUUCGAGGAGGCGGUGAUGGAGGAAAACGGACUCGCCGUCAUUGGAAUUUUUCUGAAGGUGGGAAAGAGACACGAGGGGCUGCAGAAGCUGGUUGACGCUCUGCCUGCUAUUAGACACAAGGACAGCGUGGUGGAGUUCACCCGCUUUGAUCCAGCUAGUCUGCUUCCCUCCAACAUCGAUGACUACUGGACGUACCACGGCUCUCUGACCACGCCCCCUCUCACAGAGUCCGUCACCUGGAUCGUUAUGAAGCAGCAUAUUGAAGUCAGCCAUGACCAGCUGGCGGUCUUCCGGAGCCUCCUGUUCACCUCUGCCGAGGAGGAAGUCCAGAAGAGCAUGGUGAACAACUUCCGGGUGCAGCAGCCUCUGCGGGGUCGCACCGUCCGCUCCUCUUUCACUCCCUUCCUGGCGGAGGCGCCGUAGAGGUGACAAGCAAGGCAGCAUAGGCUGCUGGACUCUAUAACAACACAACACUGCUUGUCGAAGCAGAACCAGUGUUUAUAUGACCGGUUUCUUCUGGGGAGCUUCAUCCAAUACAAUCACUUCCUCUUUAAUUUUAAUGAACAGUUUGACAGAGGAUGGAAGAAAACUUGUAUUUUUACUCAGAAUUUGGUUUGACUGUUUCAGACCAGUUAUCAAUAAGGGAAUAAGGGUAACUGAGGGGGAUUUUAUUUGAUUUUAAUGAUUACAUUAUCAUAAAUCAUAUUUAGUCUACAUUAUGGAAGAAUCACAUUGAGCUUCAGGUUCAGUAAAAACCCAACAAGUCAGAUUUCUAUCUAAUGUCUAUUUAAAGCAAAAUUCUCCUUUAAAUUUUCAUAAAAAUUCCCGCAAAAUCACACAUAAUUUUUCAGUCGCUCUUCUCAGGCUGCUGUUUGUUUUACUGAAUAUUUUCUUCAUCUGUUACAAAGAGAUUCCUCUGAAUAUGUCUGAUAUUCAGAGCCGUGUUUCACUCAUUUUUUAACUUAAGUUCUGAGUUGUUUUUUUUAACUCGGCCUUUGUUACUAAGACGCACAGACAUGCAAUGUUAGAGCAGCACACUCGUAGCGACACAGAGCGUGGGAAUGAAAGUACAAGAUUCAAUGAACCUUAGUGCCUUUAAAUCUUCCGAUUUCUCUUUUGUGUUAGUUUAAUUCUCACCUGAUUUGUCUUUUCUUCUACUUCACAGAAUUAAAAGAAAUGGCAGUCAUUUGAGACUUUCAGUCAAUCUUGUCAGGAUUAUAUCAUCUCAUUGAAUCAGGUUGAUCUCAUCAGUCUUCUUUAAUCAGACUGAUUCAGUUAGCUAAAACUAAUCAGAUUGUACCUCUUAAAGCUGGGAAAAUGCAGUCUUCUAAGCUACUGUUGUGCCUUUGUGGCUCUCACCCAGGGUGAUAUAGCCUAGGGGCAGCACAAAAACUGAAUCGAUUUUUCUCAAUGUGCAUAAUGUAAGCGCUGUAGGAUAAUAUUGCUGUACACUUGCUAAUAAACACUUCCUGAUCCUGAACAGAUGAUUGAAAGUGAGAACUUGUUCUCAACCAGCUUACCUGGUAAAAUAAAGCAAAAAAAAAGUAAAUUUAUGUUUAAGUUGCUUCAUAAUCAUUGUCUUUUUCUUAACGGACUCUAGAUUACAUCUAAUUACAUCAAAUCCUAAAUACUUAGACUGGUGGAACUGUGUGAGUGACAAAAAUGCACUAAAAUCAGAGUAUAAAAUAAAUAAUAAUGUAAAUAAA